AUGGCCAGCUCCUCUGACAGUGAAGAUGACAGUUUCAUGGCUGUGGACCAGGAGGAAACCGUGCUGGAAGGGACGAUGGAGCCAGAUGAGGAGCCCCGCGCGGCGCUGGAGGUUGAGGAGACUCGACACAACAGGUCCAUGUCUGAGCUGCCAGAAGAAGUUUUGGAGUAUAUCCUCUCCUUCCUCUCCCCAUACCAGGAGCACAAAACUGCGGCCCUUGUCUGCAAGCAGUGGUACCGGCUUAUUAAAGGUGUAGCCCACCAGUGCUACCAUGGUUUCAUGAAGGCCGUUCAGGAAGGGAACAUCCAGUGGGAGAGUCGGACAUACCCUUAUCCCGGGACCCCCAUCACCCAGCGGUUCUCACACAGUGCGUGCUAUUAUGAUGCUAAUCAGUCUAUGUAUGUGUUUGGAGGCUGUACCCAGAGCAGUUGCAAUGCUGCCUUCAAUGACCUCUGGAGACUUGACCUAAAUAGCAAAGAGUGGAUCCGACCUUUGGCUUCAGGGUCCUAUCCUUCCCCCAAAGCUGGAGCGACUCUGGUUGUAUACAAGGACCUGCUGGUGCUGUUUGGUGGCUGGACACGGCCAAGCCCUUACCCCCUGCACCAACCAGAGAGGUUCUUUGAUGAAAUACAUACUUAUUCACCCUCUAAAAACUGGUGGAACUGCAUUGUGACCACCCACGGCCCGCCUCCCAUGGCUGGGCACUCCUCUUGUGUGAUAGACGAUAAAAUGGUCGUCUUUGGCGGCUCCCUAGGAUCCCGGCAGAUGAGCAGCGAUGUCUGGGUCCUGGACCUGGAGCAGUGGGCGUGGUCCAAGCCCAGCAUCUCUGGGCCCGGCCCUCAUCCGCGAGGCGGCCAGUCUCAGAUCGUCAUAGAUGAUGCAACCAUUUUAAUCCUUGGAGGGUGUGGCGGUCCCAAUGCUCUGUUCAAGGAUGCUUGGUUGCUGCACAUGCACUCAGGCCCCUGGGCCUGGCAGCCGCUCAAGGUGGAGAAUGAAGACCACGGGGCCCCAGAACUCUGGUGCCAUCCAGCUUGCCGGGUCGGGCAGUGUGUGGUCGUCUUCAGCCAGGCGCCUAGUGGGCGAGCACCGCUUAGCCCCAGCUUGAACUCCCGCCCAUCCCCUAUCAGUGCCACCCCUCCAGCCCUGGUUCCCGAAACCCGAGAAUACCGCUCGCAGUCUCCCGUGAGGAGCAUGGAUGAAGCGCCCUGUGUUAAUGGCCGCUGGGGAACACUGAGGCCUAGAGCGCAAAGGCAGACCCCCUCAAGUUCCCGAGAAGGAAGCCUUUCCCCAGCCAGGGGUGAUGGCUCACCCAUCCUGAACGGGGGAACUGUGUCUCCAGGGUCGGCCGCUGUAAGUGGCUCUUCCUUGGACAGCCCCGUGCAGGCUGUGUCUCCAAGCACCCCGUCUACCACCGAAGGAUACGACCUGAAAAUGGGGCUGUCCCUGGCCCCUCGACGAGGAUCACUGCCUGAUCAGAAAGAUCUAAGGUUAGGAUCAAUAGAUCUGACUUGGGACCUGAAACCUGCUUCCAGUGGCAAUCACGUGGAUGGCAUGGACAGCAGGACAGCGGGGGGAGGCUUGCGACACCCUCCCGAGCAGACAAACGGUGUGCACACGCCGCCGCACUUGGCUAGCGCCCUCGCGGGAGCCGUCUCCCCAGGCACCCUGCGCCGCAGCCUGGAAGCUGUCAAAGCGAUGUCGUCCAAAGGCCCCCCCGCCUCCGUGGCACUGAGCCCUCCCCUGGGGUCUUCUCCGGGCUCCCCUGGGAGCCAGAACCUGGGCAGCGGAGAAGCAGUGCCUGUCCCCCGCCCGGGGCCCGCACAGGGGGACGGGCACGCCCUGCCCCCCAUCGCCCGCCGCCUGGGCCACCACCCCCCGCAGUCCCUGAAUGUGGGCAAGCCCUUGUACCAGAGCAUGAACUGCAAGCCCAUGCAGAUGUACGUGCUGGACAUCAAGGACACCAAGGAGAAGGGGCGCGUCAAGUGGAAAGUAUUUAACAGCAGCUCUGUGGUUGGACCUCCCGAAACCAGCCUGCAUACAGUGGUACAAGGCAGGGGUGAACUCAUCAUAUUUGGAGGACUCAUGGACAAGAAACAGAAUGUGAAGUACUAUCCAAAAACAAACGCCUUGUACUUUGUGCGAGCAAAGAGAUAA